AUGGCGCAUGUGCUCAAGUCCCAAUUGCCAUGGACAUCGUCUCCCCUCAUUGUGAAUGCCCCCAUGGGCGGCUUUGCCGGGGGGCACCUCGCAAGCGCCGUCACAAAGUCAGGUGGUCUCGGGAUGAUCGGCGCCAUCAUGUCUAGCGACUUGGAGAAGGAACUGAGUAUCGCCGCAGACAACCUCAAGGCCACCACUGCGCCAGGUGACAUGCUGCCCGUCGGUGUGGGCCUGUUACCUUUCAUCGUCAAGGCCGAGUCUGUGCUUCCCAUCCUCGCAAAAUAUCAACCCACCGUGGUCUGGUUGUUUGCUGCAAAGGAUCCGAAGGAUUACGCCACUUGGUCCACAGAGAUCCGGGGACGGUGCCCCAAUUCUAGGAUUUGGAUUCAAGUCGGCAGUGUGAGCGCCGCUGUCGAGAUCGCCCAGACGGCCAAGCCUGAUGCUUUGAUCAUGCAGGGCGCGGACGCAGGCGGCCAUGGAUUCGAAAGAGGCGCCAGUAUCGUUUCAGUGCUACCAGAGGCGGCUGAUGUUCUCGCCGAAAAGGGACUCGGUCAUAUUCCCUUGCUCGCAUCGGGGGGAAUCGCAGAUGCUCGCGGUGCUGCAGCUGCAUUCGCGCUGGGGGCAUCCGGGGUAGUGAUUGGGACGAGGUUUCUCGCGGCCAAAGAGACAAUCUCACCUCCUGGAUAUCGAGAGCUGGUACUGGCAGCAAAGGAUGGAGCUCAAAGCACCGUCCGAAGCAAACUAUUUGACAAUGUCAAGGGUCCCAAUAUCUGGCCAGACGCCUAUGACGGAAGAAGCCUGGUCACGGAGAGCUAUGCCGAUCACGUCCAAGGUAUCGAUAUCGAGCUGAUAAGAAAAAAGCACAAUGAGGCAGUGGAGGGAGAGGAUGGCGGCUUCGGGACAACCAACAGGGCAAACGUCUGGGCAGGGGCUGGAGUAGGGCUGGUGAACAAGGUACAGAACGCUGCCGAUAUUGUGCAAGAGGUCCGAAACGGGGUCGGCCAGAUCCUAAAAGGAACUGCAGCACGCUUGUGA